AUGACGCGCUUCCGCCCCUGCAUAGACCUGCACGCAGGCCAGGUCAAGCAGAUCGUCGGCGGCACCCUCAGCGACGCCGACGCUGCCGCCCUGCAGACCAACCACGUCUCGGCCCUGCCCGCCGCCCACUUCGCGCGGCUCUACCGCGACAGAGGCCUCGCGGGCGCCCACGUCAUCAUGCUCGGGCCCGGCAACGCCGACGCCGCGCGCUCGGCGCUGGCGGCCUGGCCGGGCGGGCUACAGGUCGGAGGCGGCGUGACCGAGGCCAACGCCGCCGAGUGGAUCGCCGCCGGCGCCGACAAGGUCAUCGUCACGAGCUUCCUCUUUCCCGGCGCCAGGUUCGCCCGGGACCGGCUCGACGCCGUGCUGGCCGCGCUGGGCGGGGACAAGGACAGGCUCGUCGUCGACCUGAGCUGCCGGCGGCAGGACGGCAAGUGGUUCGUGGCCAUGAACAAGUGGCAGACCGUCACGGACAUGGAGGUCAACCAAGAAUCGAUAUCCCUCCUCGAGCCCUACUGCUCCGAGUUCCUCAUCCACGCCGCCGACAACGAAGGCCUGCAGCGCGGCAUCGACGAGGACCUCGUCCGCCGGCUGGCCGAGUGGUGCACCAUCCCCGUGACCUACGCCGGCGGCGGCCGCACCCUCGCCGACCUCGACCUCGUCAAGGAGCUGAGCGGCGGCAAGGUCGACCUGACGAUCGGCAGUGCCCUGGACUGCUUUGGCGGCAGCGGCGUCAAGUUUGACGACUGCGUUCGGUGGAACGAGGAUCAGGAGGACAAGAUAUGA